CUCAUCAGCGAAGAGCAAGACGACGGCCCGUGACGUCGCAUACGUCAUCACGCACAGCGUGUAGCACAGAGGCAACAUGGCUUUGAAUGGAGAUGAUGAAGACUAUGAGUGGGAACCUCCAACAGAGGCUGAGAUGAAGGUGAUUCAAGCUCGCAGGGAGCGGCAAGACAAGAUCAGCCGGCUGAUGGGGGAUUACCUUCUGAAAGGCUACAAAAUGCUGGGGGACUGCUGCGAUGCGUGUGGGACUAUUCUUCUUCAGGACAGACAGCAGAAAAACUAUUGUGUCUCCUGUCAGGAGAUGGACUCUGACAUUGACAAGGAUAAUCCAGCUCUGAACGCACAAGCAGCUCUGUCUCAAGUCAGAGAAAGGCAGCUUGCGGCACAGACACCUGAAGUUAAUGACGGUCCCAGCAGCAGCAGCAGCAGCAGCACUCAAGCCAGCGGCUCAGUUCCUCAGCCACGACCAGAGCACUGCGAGGGAGCAGCUGCAGGGGGGCGAACUCCUCUUCCUCCUCCAGCUGUGCCUCCUCCUUCAGCUCCUGUUCCCGCCACACCUCUACCAUCUGCUCGCCCCCCAGCCCCCCCACAGAGCUCCGUCUUCAGCCCGGUGUUGCAAGACGCCGAGGAGGCUGUUCUCACGAAACUUCGCUGGGCCACCGCCCAGCUUCAGAGUUCGGCAUCUCUGGAGGCCAGCAUCCAGCUCUGCAGCCUCAUCAGCAGCUGUGCCAACUCCCUGCGCAGCCUCAAGGAGCUUAGCCAGUAACUCCAGUGGACUGAUGUUAACCACGUAGUGAUAGGAACAGUGUUUCUAUUUGCCUCUCUUUAAAGAGGACUGACUCUGGUUUAGCUUUCCAGUCCGGCCAAACCUUCGCUUCCCGUUGAAGUCAAAACAUCUGCCUGAAAUCGGAUUCAUUCAAAAGUGGGCAAAAAAAAACAAAAACCUAUUGUUUCAUUUCUGUGUGAUUAUCUUAGACAAGUUCAUCGAUUAUUCAUAAAAGGUUUUAAAAUAUCUGACCAGUAAAAUGUGAAUCAGUGAAAUGUUUUAUGUAUUGCGGAGAAAAGCGGACUUGUUUCUACAGUUUGCUGGCUGACGGUCAUCCAUGACUUCUACUAUAUAAAUAGAAAUAAAAUCCAUAUAUUUUUAAUUUUCUUUUGAGUUGUGUUAAAUGUUUCAAAUAUGUCUUCCUCAAAUUAGUGCUGCACCCAAAAUUUGCACGAAAGUCAUUGUUGAAGAAUCUGUGCAGAUGAAAGACAGUCGAACAGGAUGGAAGGACGAGCACCAAAGCAAACUGAUGAAGACGCUGCUUCUUCAGCAGGACUUCCUCCAAAACCCCGUUGGCAUCUUUCCAUCUCACUCUGUCCUGUAUUGGGUUUGACUCAAGUUGUAAAUUAUUUGACUUAAGAAUUUCAGAUAAAUGAGGUUCAGCAAUGCUCAGAUGAGUUUCACGACUUAAUGUUUUAUUUCUUUAGUCGUUAAAGCAUUUGAUUUUACGUCAAUAAACGGCACUUCAUAUGGAAGAAGUCAUGCAGUGUAAAGGGAAUUGGUUUUCUAAAUAUGCCCCAAAAUAAAGCCAGACCUGUUCAAACGCUGAA